AUGGAAGCAAAUAAAGAUGCUGCUUUACAUUACAUAGAACUUGCUGAAAAAGCAUUUCUUGCUAAUGACAAUGAACGAGCUGUUCGUUAUUUAAAUAAAUCUAUAGACCUUUUUCCAACACAUAAAGCCAAAGAUCUACUUGAAAAAAUGAACAAUUCAACCUCUCAUUCAAAACACCAUGAUAAAACUCAUGAAUCUACAUCAUCAUCGUCACAUCAUGAUCAUACAACGACAAAUGGUACAACAUCACAUGCAAGACAUAGAACAACUUCAACAUCAAGUAAUGAUUAUACAUCUGAAGAAGCAGAAGCUGUACGAAAAAUCAAAACAUGCAAAGAUUUAUAUGAAAUUCUUGGUGUUAGUAAAACAGCAUCUGAAGCCGAUUUAAAAAAAGCUUAUAGAAAAUUAGCACUUCAAUUUCAUCCAGAUAAAUGUAAAGCACCAGGCGCUACUGAAGCUUUCAAAGCUAUUGGUAAAGCUUUUUCAAUAUUGAAUGAUCCAAAAAAACGUCAACAAUAUGAUGAAUACGGACAUGCAAUGGAACCACAAUAUAAUCAUAGUAGUACCGGGGGACGGCAAUACUAUUAUUAUAGUGAUGCGGAUGAUGAUUUUUCAGCAGAAGAAAUAUUUAAUCUUUUCUUUGGUUAUACUGGUGCACCAACUCGUACUCAUGGACGUCGCCAUCAAACACAUUCAUAUCAUUUUACAACUCAUUCAACACAAAAUACAACACAUACAUUUGUCCAAUUAUUACCAAAAUAUACUAACUUACGUGAAACACGAUUAUCAAAGAUUCAAUAUUAUGUUAAAUCAGAUUUUCAACCACCAAAAACAGAUGUCGAAUUAGAUAAAUUUGAAUCAUCAGUAAUCGAUGAAUAUAUAUCUGAUUUACGACAUCAAUGUUAUCGUGAACAACAAUAUAAAGAAUCAAUGAUAUGGCGAGCCAAAAUGAUGAGUGAUAAUAAUCUCUAUCGUCAAGCUCAUCAACAAGCAACACCAUCAUGUACUAAAUUAAAUAAUUUUGUACGUGGUUACGCUUAG